UUCCUUGUUUACAUCCUCCCGGAGUGCGCCGAGGGGGCGGGGAGGCUCCGCCCUCAUUCUUUGGGCCUUACGUCAUUGUCGCUUGUGUUUUUUAUGAAUGAAAGAAUCCAACCUCAGAGAGAGCGAGAGAGAGAGAGAGAGCGAGAGAGAGAGAGAGCGAGAGAGAGAGAGAGAGCAGAGUAAUUCCGGGAAAAGGCGGACUGACAUUUUGUCGCCGGACUUGCUUCGACACAGUAGAGUGUUUAUCUGUGUUGACUGGUGUGUGGGGGAAAAACUGAAGACAAAGUCAGACCAUGACGACAGAAAGAAACAGCAAAGCCCUGAAGGUGAAGAGGGAGUGUGGUGAGAAUGUGCCCAUCCUGUCGGACAGCGAGCUCAUGUCCCUGUCCGUGCGGGAGUUGAACCUUCACCUGCGCGGCCUUUCCCGCGAGGAGGUCCAGAAGCUGAAGCAGCGUCGGCGCACCCUGAAGAACCGAGGCUAUGCCGCCAGCUGUCGAGUCAAACGGGUGUCCCAGCGCGAGGCCCUGGAGCAGCAGAAGAAGGAGCUGCAGAGGGAGGUGGAGAGGCUGGGGGCCGAGAACGCUGGUAUGAGGAGGGAGCUGGAGGGCCUCGGCGCCCGGCUGGCCGCCCUGCAGAGGUUCGCCCGGGGCCUGGAGGCCGGCGGGGGCAGCCUGCUGGCCACCGCCCCGCGCCUCAACACCGCCUCCGUCAUCACCAUCGUCAAGAGUCCGCCACAGCCGCAGCCACAGAGGGAGCAGGGGGCGUCCUAGGAGGGGCUGCUGGGACGGGACUGGGGAGGGACACACAACCUGCAAUGCAAACACACACACACACACACUCAUGCAUACAUGCAUGCAUACACACUCAUUUUAUACACAUACAGGGGAAUAGGAGGAAGGUAUUAAUAGGCACUUACUAAACACUUUUUUGCAUUACGCCUCAUUCACAGUCCAUUACACUGUUGGAUUUUUGAAAUGCAGGACAUUGUUCACUCCAAUGGGAGAGCAGCAGCAGUGCGGCGCCACCUAGUGGAGAAUGGCUCCUCUGACCAGAAAGUGACUGACAUGUUCAUGUUACUAUUUGUCUGUUUCUCAGCAGGGUAUCUCAAAAACUUUCUUUCCAUGAAAUUUGGUGGACCCAUAAGGUUUUCAUAGGAACACUUGGUUAGAUUUUGGUAGUAAUCCCGCUUCGGGAUUUUUACUAUCCAACAAUGUUUUCUUUUUAGUCAUAGUUAUAAAAACUAACAGUGAUAGAGGCUUGAUUCCAAAUCCUGUGGUUAUGUCUGCAUGGCUCAAAAAACAAAUCCACUUUAACUUAAAAUUUACAGAACAGUGACGUCUUUGGAUGUAAGAAAGUUGUGCAGUUCAUUAUUUCUAGGGCUCUCUGACUGUCUUCUUGUAAAUGCUGGCCUUAUGACACUAACAAAGUGUCUUACAAAUUUGUUCACAGAAUAUUAUUUAGUCUUGUUAGUACUGAAAAGUUUAGUGAUGGUUGAUUUUUCAUGCUUGUGGUAUUUAUUAUCGUGGUCGGCGAGUUCAGUUUUUCAGGAACAGUCACUCUGAGCCAGUGCAUUGCUCCAAAACUCUUGAGGCGAAUUUUAUCCGAUGCAUCAAGUGCAACAGGUUUGAUUGUGAAUGAGGCGUCACGCAAUGAUACUCUCCUAAAAUCCUGGGCAGGUCACCGUAGCUCUUGGCGCAUUUCGGCCCAGUCAGCGCACACCUGAACAUACAAACACACACACACGCACAAAACCCUCAGUUUCAUCCUCAGAUCCACACACACACACACACACACACACACCAGGGCAUGGACAGAGUCUAACUGGACCGGCGAAGCGACCAGAGGUCUAUCUCCUGCACCGUCCCCUCGACAAAGCCAGUGGUGAAGCUGGUGCUGUGUGAUUGUGAAAGGCCACGGCUUCCCUCUGCUUCCAGUCUGUGGCAGCUGACCAGCCACAAGAUGCCGAGACUGGUCUGGGGCCCGCUCCGGCCCCAACACUGUCUGCAUUCCCGACGCACAUCUACACCUGAAGUCAGCGCGUUUCGUUUCUCAUGCCAACCCAUGCAGAUUUGUCUCCACGGCAACAGGGCAGCACAAGUGGCACGGAGUUGUAACUUUAGCUUCAUCACCUAGUUUAAAAUCUGUUUUGUUUGUCAAGAAUUUCAUUGAAACAGUGAAUUUCUCAGCAGCCUGUACUUUUUUGGUUUGUUUUUUGGGGAACCAGAAGCCUUUAUUGUCUACAUUUUUCUACCUGAGGAUUGUCCCAGUUCACUCUGUCUGUGAAGGGGACUGUAGUGUUAAACAGCUGGUUUAAGCAUUUCUCACAUUAAUCCAAUGCCUGUAGUGCAUGACUGGAGCUGAAAGAAUGCAAACGUCAGAGGGAAAAAUGGCUAAAAAAAAAAAACGACCUGCAGCUCCUUCCUCAAAGCUCAUGGCCACACAUUCUUAUUUCUCUUUUUUUUUUUUUAAUUUGUUAUUUCAAUAGACUGUAGUGCUGUCAGACCUCUAAUCCUCCAUGCUCCUUUCACUACCCAGAGGUAUUACUGUGCUCAAAGUUUGCAGCAGUCUGUAAGUGGCUUUUUUCCCAUCUGGUUGACUCCCAACAACAGAUGUUGGUCAUUUUUUUUUUUUUUUCUGAAACGCGUCAAAGCAGGGCUGCAUCUGGUAGGAAUUACGCUAAGAGUCGAUGCAGAUUCUCUUUAUACAUUACUAUUAUCUGUUCGUUUUUUGUUUUUUGUAAUGUUUGUACGUACCAUUGAGAGACGAAAAUGUUGAGUGACAUUUAUCAGAGCUAUAUUCUAUAUUUUAUUUGUAUUUAAAAAUAGAUAUUACAAAAAAGACAAGCUAACGAGUGCUGUGAUGUUUAUGUAUGUUGUCAGAAGUACUUGCAUAUAUGACUAGUUUGGGAAUAUUCUCACGUCUGAUUAUUGUACUGUGUGAUGAGUCGACGAUGAUCAUUUUUCAAAUUGUUAAUUAUUAGCUACGUAGAAAUAUGCUAAAAGCCAAUGGCCAUAUUGCUGUAUGAUGAUUUUUCUUCAUUGUGUGUGUCUCUCUCUCUCUUUCUCUCCCUCUCUCUCUCUCUCUCUCUCUCUCUGUGUGUGUGUGUGUGUGUGUGUGUGUGUGUGUGUGUGUGUGUGUGUUUGCCAUGUUUGUACUGGCUUGUCAUAGUGGCUUCUUGGAGGGAUAUUAUUUUUCUAUGAUGAUGUGUGUGUUAUUUGUGGAAACUGUUUUAAGGUCACUUUUGAAUUGGCAGGAUGGGGCAAGUCCACAGGAAGUUAAAGGAAAAAUAGGGAGGGAAAAAAAGGGGGAUUGAGAAAGGUGGGAAGAAGAAUGAAACAUGGAGGUAGAGUUGUGGAAAGAUGGAGAAAGAAAGUGAGUAAAGCAGGAAGAGAGAGAGGAAGAGAAGGUGGAAAGGUGGUGGUUAAUUCACUUGAAAACCUUAAUCUGUCAUAUUUCUGUAAAAGCUGUUUUAACGAAGCUCCAGUAGGCUGGGAUUAACGGAGGACGAGGCCAUGGAAUAGUGCUAGCAAUAUUCUUUAAAAAAAAAAAGCAGGCGUCGUAACACGUUAUAUUGUGUUGACAAAUAUUUCUAAAGACAUGAGGCAUAUAUUUAGCUAUAUGAAUAUCAAUGUCGCAGAGCAUUUAUUCUCAGUAAUAUUUUAACGUCUCACAUCUGUCAAUGUGCUGGAUGUUUUGUAAUAACGCAAAACAAAAAUGGUCUUUGUAUUUAUUACAUGUAUUUUUUCUAUGGUGAAAAUUUAAGUACAUUGUCUAUUUUAUAUAUUAAUUAAAAUAAAUGUUGUAUAUAUUGUACAUAAAACGGUGUUGCUUGUGA